AUGGCAUCUAACAAGAAAACCAUGUCAGUUACUUCUACACAAUUAGGCAAAAUGAUUGAUCAUUCUCUUCUACAUCCAACAAUGACCGAUAAUGACAUUGUUGCUGGAUUAGAAAUUGCUAAAAAAUAUAAUGUAGCUGCUGCAUGUAUCAAACCAUAUCUAAUAUCAAUGGCUAAAGAAGUUCUGGCAGGAUCCAACGUCCUUAUUUGUCCUGUUAUUGGCUUUCCACAUGGUAAUAGUGCAACUGAGAUUAAAGUUAUCGAAGCAGAAACCGCUGCUAAAGCAGGUGGUCAAGAAAUCGAUAUGGUUAUUAAUAUUGGUAAAGCACUAGGAGGAGACUGGGAUUAUGUUAGUAAGGAGAUCGAUCUGAUCAACAAAGCUGUGACAAGACACGGUGCCAUCUUGAAAGUCAUUUUUGAGAACGAUUAUCUUCUUGAUGAGCAUAUUAUCAAACUAUGUCAAAUCUGUACAUCACUCUCAGUUGCUUUCGUCAAAACAUCAACUGGAUAUGGUUUUAUUAAAAACGCUGAUGGUUUGUAUUAUUACAAGGGUGCUACUAUUCCACAUCUUAAGUUAAUGAGAGAAUAUUCUGGACCAGAUGUACAAAUCAAAGCAGCUGGCGGAAUUCGAACACUCGAUGAUUUACUUCUUGUAAGAUCAUUAGGUGUAACUCGUGUGGGCGCUACUGCUACCGUUACUAUAAUGGAAGAAGCUAAGGCACGUGGUAUUACAGAUAUGCCAACUGAAGUCAUUUUGAAAUUAGCAGAUCAUCUUCAAAGCGGCUAUUAA